ACAAUAUUAAAAUUUAUGAAAGUAAAACUAAAACUAAAAGGUAUUCCUCUAGAAUCAGGGGUGGAAUUGGAAAGAAAGGCCGAGCAGCUUCCAUGGUCUUCUGAAAUCUUCUUAAUGAGUGAAGAAGUAGGAUACACUGUGGCAUCCGACAGUGAAACCACAGCCACCAAGGAGGAGACUGAAAUUGAAAUUGCAAUCGGAAUCGACAUUGGCACUUGUCAAUGCAGUCUAGCUGUUUGGAACGGGUCCGAGGUAGAGUUGAUCAGGAACACAAGGAACCAGAAGCUGAUGAAGUCAUACGUCACCUUCCGAGACCAGUCUCCAUCCCCAGUGGGCGGAGUCACCAACCAGCUCUCACAUGAGUACGAGAUGUUGUCCGGUUCCUCCAUCUUCAACAUGAAACGCCUCAUCGGCAGACUCGACACCGACCCCAUCGUUCACCAGGCUAGCAACACCUUACCCUUUCUUAUUCAAACACUGGGGAUCGGUGCCAAGCCUUUCCUUGCAGCGUUAGUCAACAACAUGUGGCGGUCCACCACCCCUGAAGAAGUUGUUGCUAUAUAUCUUGUGGAACUAAAAGCUCUCGCAGAAGCUCGACUCAAACGUCCUGUUAGAGACGUUGUGCUAACCGUCCCCGCUGCAUUCAGCCGCUUCCAGUUGACACGAAUUGCUCGCUCCUGCGCCAUGGCUGGUCUUCAUGUUCUCAGGUUCAUGCCUGAGCCUGCAGCUGUUGCUCUGCUUUAUGCCCAGCAACAGCUGCACAAAGACAGCAUUGCUGAUAGUGGCAGUGAAAAAAUCGGUCUUAUUUUUAACAUGGGCGCAGGGUAUUGCGAUGUUGCCAUCAUAGCGACUGCCGGGGGAGUCUCACAGAUGAAGGCCUUGGCCGGGAGUUGCAUAGGAGGGGAGGAUCUACUUCAGAAUAUGAUGCACCAUCUCGUACCAGAUAUGGACACACGGUUUGCAAGUCGUGGACUCGAGGAGAUUAAAGCCAUGGGUAUCCUUCGAGUCGCAACACAGGAGGCCAUACACAAGCUCUCCUUUCAACCUAGUGUUCAAAUUGACAUUGAUCUUGGAAACGGGACGAGGGUAUGCAGGGUCAUCGAUGUCCAAGAGUUCGAGGAAAUCAACAAAGGAGUUUUCGAAAAGUGUGCAUCUUUGGUUACACAGUGCCUGCAUGAGUCGAAGGUGGCGAAACCGGAAUACAUUGAUGAUGUGAUUCUUGUUGGUGGUUGUACAAAUAUUCCAAAGUUGAAGAGUAUAGUGAUGGGUAUCUGUAAAAGGAAUGAAAGCUACUCGGGUAUCAACCCGUUGGAAGCUGCUGUUCGUGGGGCGGCACUGGAAGGAGCCUUGGCUUCGGGUGUGAACGAUCCGUUUGGAAGUUUAGACCUUUUAACCAUUCAAAUAAAUGCUCAUAGCAUUGGGAUUCGAGCGGAUGGUAACAGUUUUGUACCCAUCAUAGAUCGCAACACAACUCUGCCUGCCAGGAGAGAGAUGCUCUUUACCACUGCCCAUGACAACCAGACUGAGGCUUUGAUUGUGGUGUAUGAACAAGGAGAUGAGCAGCAGCUGCUGCUGGGGUAUUUCAAGGUUGUAGGGAUACCUCCGGCCGCAAAAGGGGUACCGGAAAUUAAUGUGUGUAUGGACAUCGAUGCUUCGAAUAUGCUGAGAGUUAUGGCUGGUGUUGUAAUGCCUGGAUCUGGAACCAAAAAUCCAGUGGUUCCACUGAUGGAAGUUAGAAUGCCAACGGCUGACGAUGGGCAUGGAUUGUGCGCUGAUGCUUUAUAUAGAUCAUUGGGGUCUACUCUAGACUUGGUAACUCUCCAUAACAAGCUUAACGCUUAAUAGUUAAUGUUCAUCCUCUGUUUCUUGUUUGCGAAAACAUUUUUCAUUUUAUGGUUGUAGUACAGUAGAGUGUGGUCAGUCAGCUGGGGUCUUGUCCUACUGUGAAAGCUUUUAUGUAAUAUGUGGUUGUAAAACAAGAAUAAUGUUGGUUGUGAGGCACUUAUAUGUUGUAUAAUUUAUUUCUUAUUUGAAACC